AUGGACACAGAAUCGAAGCUUUGUCUCCUGUUGAUGAUUUUCAGUCAAGCAGAAUUUACAGCUGCGGAAAAGUCUUCAGUUCCAGAUUUGCCUCCGGAGCUGAUAAAGGGACUGGAAGAAAUAUUAUCUGAAAAGUAUUUGAAAGGCCUUCUUAACAUAUUACAAUUCCAAAGUUCUAGCAGCAAUGUGUGGACACCAGAUCUAAUAACAAAAAUGGUGGCUUACUUAAGGACACACAGUGGUGUUUCUAUUUCCAGUCUUCAGGUGUCCCUGAAGACUUACCUGGAAGAGGUUACUGAUGACCCUAAAUUUUUGCUGUCCGAGUUACGGCAACUUGACUCACUUCAGUUUCAACAGGUUAUGAAGUAUCUUCUUGGGAGUAAAAAGGAGCAAAUGGACAUGGCAAACAUUGUUGUAGACUUUGAGGCAAUACAGGAGAGAAUAUUCCAGUGUCCUGGUGGAAAUCGAACUAUAUUCCUCAUCACAUUGGAGAAAUGUGCACCUGCAAUUGGCUCGUCAGAAUGUGUAGAAAUACUGAGCCAGGUUGUACGAAUGUUUGGUGGGAGUUACCUGCAAACAGAUGUGAUAACAUCGCUGCCACAUGAGUUACCGGAAGAGCCCUUCAGAAACCUGACGUCUGCAUUUAGGGACCUGUAUGAUAGAAUAACAGCCAGUGCUCGGAGAACCCUGUAUGAAUGGAUGACUCAGAUUCUUCAGAAUACCCAGAUGGGUAAUGAUAUGAAUGGAUCCCUAUCAUGGGUCACUGCAGAGAACCUAUGGAUCUUGGGCAGAUACAUAGUCCAUCUCCCCGUUGAAGAAAUACAGAAAAUAAAUGUCAAUGAAAUUCGGAUGUUUAUUAGCUAUGAUAAUGCCACAAAACAACUUGAUACUGUAUAUGACAUUGCACCAGAGCUUGCAAAAGCUUUCUUGGAUCGUAUUAACUCUUCUGGAUUUGAUAUGAGGAACAUCUCAACAAUAUACAGGCUGGGGCUACUUGUUUGUUUCUACGAUGACUUACAAGACCUUGAUGCAACUGUGGCCAAAGCGUUACUGCAUCAGAUGAUGAAGUGCAACCAACUGAAAGGUUUUAAUGUAGACGUACACAAGCUGAAGUCUCACUUCCUGCACAUCGCCAUGUUAAACCAGUCCCUGAACGAGAAUCUCGGCUCCAUAUCUGAUGCAGUUGUCGGCCUAACACUUUCUCAGCUGGAAUCGCUGUCACCAGAAGCUGUUCAGGGAGCCAUCUUGACUCUCCAGCAAGUCUCGGGGUGGACGAAGAGCCAAAUUAUGGUUCUAGCCGGCAAAUAUCUCCAUUCUGAAAAGGUUUUAACAUUUUCCAAUAUCAGCCAGCUGGGAGAACUGGCAUCGGGAAUCCGUGUACAGUCAUUAUAUGAGAUGAACCCUCGGGAGCUUCUAAUGUCUCUGAAAGGCGGACUUUCCCAGCAUGCCUCUGCUUUAUCACUGGCCCAGCAAGAUGGCAUCUUAAGUAAGGUGCUGCAGUCUGGCGAUUUUCAGACAGUCGCGUUAGAGCUGAAUGGAGUUCUCUUUAAACAAGUGCCCCUCAUUCACCUUAAAGCACAGAAGAACUUGGAUAUUGCAGACCUAAAGGAUAAAGAGAUUAAGAGAAGUCAGGCUCUGCUGUUGUACAAGUUACUAUCCCAUAAGACAUCACUUGUGGAUCUAUUAAGUACAGAGCAGCUGGUGAAAGGGAUCACUUGUGAGCAGAUAGAUGGUAUGAGCAAGCCCACCUUCCUAAACCAUUACAGGCUACUAGAGAAGAAUAUUAAGCUGCUUUCACACUAUCAAAUUAACUGCCUGGCUUGGAAAUAUUGGAGAGUUUCCAGAGCAACAAUUCCUCCAUUCCUGCUAUCAGUUCUGCCUUCCACUUAUUUUACGUCAUAUCCAGCUUUCUCUUGCGGAUCCUUGUUAAAAAGUCUCAGAAAGACCAAUAUUGAUUAUCUGAUCAUUAAUACGCACAAGAAGAACAUUAUUCUGAACAAAGUAACCCAGUGUCUGAACGGCUCUAUUACUGAUAUUUAUCAGCUGGACAAGCUUGGAAACCUCAUAUGUCACCUGUCCCCGAGCAUUAUACAGACCGGCAUAUCCAACAGUAUCAUAGGGAUGGCUUUAAAUCAGUUCAUGCUUUGUGCCAACCUCAGCCAUGAACAAAAUGUACAAAUUAAAUCUAGACUCCUGGAGCACUAUGGAGUCCCAUUAAACUGGACCUCUGAGACUGCUCAGGAUAUGGCGCCAUUUUGGAAUCUUCUUUCACCGGAAGAAUUUAUGAGUAUCCUAACAAAGUUCCAGGGUAAAGUAUUACAGAUUCUAUCAGAUGCAGCAAGAAUUGGAGUGAGCGAUGGAAUGUUAUUGGCCAUAUUUGAUAGCGUUCGGAUACUCGCAGCCAAUGUCUCAGCGCCGGAUCAGACAGCAGAGUGUGAGGGUGUUAUGGCACCGCCCUCUGAUGACAUCAUGAAGCUGGGGGAAGCCAACUCUUUCUGGUCUCUUAAUGAGCUGGAGUGCAUGGAUAAAGAAACCUUCGCAAAAAAUGUGCACAUUCUUGGGACUAUAAGGAGAUUUAGCCAAUCUCAGCUCACUGUUUUGAAGGACAAAGCUAAACAGUUAUGGGGAACACUGUCGGACUGGAAAACGUACCAUCUUGCAUCACUUGGCCGCAUUGUCACAGCUCUGAGUGACCGUGAGAUUGAAGAUUUGGAUCUAAGAUCUAUAGAUGCUGUUUCUAUACUUGGUCAACAGUCGGAAUGGAAUUAUACCCAGGCCAAGGCCAUUCUGACUGGGUUCCUCAAUGAUUCUUUCAAGUCAGCAAGUGACCUGAGGAGUUACGAAUUAACAGCACUGGCAGGAAGUCUCUGUGCCGCUGACCCUCAGAAGAUCCUCCAUAUAGAAACUUCUGAGUUCAGCACGGCUCUCUCACGCAUAGGCACCCUGCCAUGCAAUCAAACUAUUCUCCAGGCAUUUAAAAGAAAAACAGAAAUGAUUUUUGGAAAAUCUGAAAUGUGGACAACAUUUAUUUUAAAAGAUAUUGGAUACAUUACAGCUGGUCUCAGCACAAAGGAUUUAAAAGCAAUUCGCCCGGAGUUGAUGCCUUAUAUUCAGCCUUCUGCAAUUAAAUUAAUUCCUGACCAGACUUUUAAGGUGCUGUCACCAGAACAGAUUGCAAAUCUUGGUCCUGAAAAUGCCGCCAUGGUUACAGCAUCUCAGCGUGCGGAGCUGGAUCAAGUACAACUGCAGAGCCUCAAUCAAGCACUAGAUGGUGUCAGAGCGAGCAUUCACAAACCUGAACAGCUUACUACAGUGACCACAACCACAGCCAUAAUUCCACCUACUGCCUCUGACAGUAAGUUCUGCAACACUCAACCGUCUCCUUCUCUGUGUAAAAACACUGUGGUCCAUUGA